AUGGCCCAACCAGUAGAAGGCAUCAGCGAGCAGUGGGCUUCUCGCGUUGCCGACUGUUUCGCAACCGAACGCCGGAUCUUCGAAGUCCUAGAGGACCACCCUAGAAUCAUCCAGUGUUUUGGGUGGCAAGACGGGCAACCGGGCCUUCCGUCAGGAUUACUCCUCGCCGAAGCUAGCCACGGGAGUCUCCAGUCGUAUCUCGACGACCAGGGUGCCGUUCCGUUCGCCGUCCGGAAGAAAUGGUGUCGGCAAGUCGUCGAGUCGGUCGUUUAUAUCCAUCGGCAAGGGGUGAUCCAUUCUGACCUACGUCCGACAACUUCCUUGUCCAUGGUACUACUACUACUACUACGGCUACUACUACUACUGCCUCUCUCGAUAUCUACCUCUGUGAUUUCGGCGGCUCAGCAUGUCGAAAACUCGGGCUAA